ACCAACAUUUGCCUUUUUUCUUUCUUUCUUUUGGUUUAAGUCGCAAAAACAAACUUAUAGUCACUUUAUCAAUCUGCUCUUUAUGGACAUUUUUACAGGAGCAGGACGUCAAGAAGGGGAACUGAUCUUGGGCCAGUUUCCCCCCCACCCCAAACAUGGGAUGGACCUGGGCUGGUAGGUGGGCUGCAGAUGGUCCAAUCAUGUGACUGAGCCUCCCCUUGUGGAACACAGCAGACUCUGAAGUGUUUGAUUUCUUUACACCACAGCAAUCAAUCAAAGACUGCAGAAGUAUGGAUGUCUUAACACAGCAGAAGGUCCAAAAGUACCAUGAAGAUGGCUACCUUGUGCUGGAAGGGUUUUUCAGCCCAGAGGAGUGUGAAGCACUGCGGGAACGAAUGAAUGGAAUAGUGGAGGAGAUGGACGUUCCAAAUCACUGCCGGACUCAGUUCUCUACCGACCAUGACGAGCAGCUGAAGACCCAGGGAAAUGCAGAUUACUUUAUCACAAGUGGGGACAAGGUCCGCUUUUUCUUUGAAAAAGGGGUCUUCGAUGAAAAUGGGGAGUUUAUUGUCCCGAGGGAAAGAUCGCUAAACAAAAUCGGACACGCUCUUCAUGCCCAUGAGCCUGUAUUUAAAUCCGUCACACAUUCCCCAAAGAUCCAGAACGUGGUUAAAAACCUGGGUCUGAUAAAUCCUGUUAUUUUGCAGAGCAUGUAUAUUUUUAAGCAACCAGGCAUUGGCGGAGAAGUGACGCCUCAUCAGGACGCGACCUUCCUCUACACGGAGCCUCUGGGUAAAGUGAUGGGGGUGUGGAUCGCCCUUGAGGACGCAACCCUCGACAAUGGCUGCCUGUGGUUCAUACCAGGCUCGCACAGGAAUGGAAUCACCAGGCGGAUGAUUCGAACCCCAAAAGGCAUGUUCCCUUUGACUGACUUCAUUGGUCGAGAACAAAGUUAUGAUGACGCGCUCUUCGUACCAGCACCUGUCAAGAAAGGUGGUAUGGUCCUAAUCCACGGUGAAGUGGUCCACCGCAGCGCUGAGAACUCCUCAGAUGCGUCACGUCACGUCUACGCCUUUCACAUCAUGGAUUCCAAGAACACGGUCUGGAGCUCGGAGAACUGGCUACAGCCGACAGAGGAGCUUCCCUUCCCGUCGCUCUACACCUAAAAUCACGGCUGCGUUCUUUAUUUUAUCCACCCAGUCAAUUCUAGGUCUCAGUUCCUGUUUUAAUAGAAUCUUAUCUGUAAGACAAUUCCAUUAAUUAAUACUUCACAUCUAAAGUUAUUUGCUACUUAUUUUAAGUCUUUAGUUUCUGCAUUUAUUCUGUCCGUACAGCAUUUAGAUGGCAUUUUAUUCUUUUUACUAUUUUAGGAACUAUUCCCAUAUUGGCAUGCACAUAUCUAAGCACUUGCUCAAGACAUACUGUGGUGUACUGUGCAAAGGUUUUAGGCAGGUGCAAAAAAAGAAAGCUGUAAAGGUGCCUUUAAAUGCCUUUAA